UCGCUUUCGUGUGGCACGGAAAACAUUUUGAAAACGGAGCAUUCCGAAAAUGGCGUCACGAUAAUCGGGGUUUCCUCGACCGAGUUUACCUCAGACACAAAUCCUAAAAGACUGGUGAUUGUUGCGUUUUUAAAUUCCUCCGGCGUAGUGUGGACGGAAAGCAUUUGAUGCGUUUUCAGAGUAAAACCUCCGAUUUUAAACUCCUCCGGUGUAGUGUGGACGAGGCCUUAAAACAAAAGAAGUAGGUACAUACACUGAGAGAGCGAAUGAAAUUGUAGGUUUUGAAGAGGUGCGCGGCUUCUGAAUACAGUAACAUUGUAUGACAGUAACAUUGUAUGACAAUUGAUUUUCUCUCAAUCUUUUUCUUUCUCUUUAGCUUGCUAUUGUGGUUGUGUUCAACUGUCUUGCCGUAAUUGUGAUCUUCCCUUCAAUGAUUGCGAUCGACAAAAACAGAAGAAGUCGCGGCUGUGACCUGCUUUGCUGUUGCAAAAGAAACACAAGAAUUGAAUCUCUAGACCCGAGAAGUUCAAGAACAUCAGAAAGUGAUAGUAGUUUCCUACAGGUGAAGAAUCGGUACCGACCUAGUCCUCCAUCGGAACAUAAUUCCAGUGACUCUGUCAUAAUCCCAGGAAAUGUCGAGGCAACUGCUUUAAAGACAGUACAUUCCUCAAGUGUGGUAACAUUUGAGGUAUCUGCAGCGUCCGAGUGGAGCCUUCACAAGGCACCUCGUUCCAGGAGAGACAGGCAAAUUGAAGAUCCAAGUGACCUUGAAUUACCAGCUGUGGGUAGUAUUCCCAACAGUGGUGGAGUAGACACUUCCAAAAGCGGGGCGGGCGCUUUAGCAAAUGUUACGGAAACUCAGACAGAAAUAGAACAAGGCAGGCGAGAUCCUGGCAACACAAGACUUUGUUAUCAAAGCCAAAGGACUACGAGAUCUUCAAAAAUUUACCCCGAACAAAGUGCGAGUGGAAAUAAUUUUUGUAAACAAUCAGAAGCUUGGACUGAGGGAAGACAUAACAGUCAUGGCUGCACGAGUCGUCCAGCCACUGCUGUAGGUUCAUCAUCCCGAGAUGACAGAGACGCGCGGACCCAGCAGUCCACUGAUGCGCCAAAGAAGGUUACGUUUACGUUACCGGCUAAACCUGCUUCAGCAGGAAAAACUGCUGUGGUUAUGGAUGAUGCUUCUUCCUUGAGAACAUUAAGUUCACACUCGAGAUCGUCGCCAGGCGUGGAGUCAAUGAGCAGGAUUUCUACAUCACAAAGCAUGCAAGAGUGUGACUCAGAGUCUGAAUGCUGGUGCAGUUUUCUUAAGACAAAGCUUCAAUGGCUCUCACUGGCAUACUUUGCAAGACGUUACUAUGGUGUGUGGUUGCAAAAAAUGCCUGUCAAGGUUGUUGUGAUAAUAUUUUUCCUCAGUCUCCUCGCCGUUGGAAUUUACGGCGCACUCCAAGUUGAAAGUGGCCUGGACCUCACAGAUGUUGUACCAAGAAAAGGCGUGGAAUACAAAUUUGUCGAGGCUAGGCUCAAAUAUUUUUCGUUUUAUCCAGUGGCGCUCGUUACACAAGACUUCGACUACGCUAAUCAGCAGAAGAAAUUGUUGUCCUACUAUAAUGAGUUUAAAAACAUUUUCAAUAUAACUGGAAUUCCAGGCUCAAAAGAAAGUCCCAAGUUUUGGUUGACGUCCUUUAGAGAAUGGCUAAAUGAUACUCAAGUAUCAUUUGAUCAGGACUGGGCCAAUAAUUCUAUCACAUACGCCGGCUGGUACGACAAUGCGACGAGCACUGGUGUUAUUGCCUACAAAUUACUCUCACAGAAUGACAACUCAGACAAAAUUGAUAAAUCAAAGGUUCGAAACUAUAAACUUGUCAGCGAUGAUGGAAUUAUUCGUCCAGAAAUAUUUUACAAAGCUCUGACAACUUGGACCAAUGAAGACUUCUUGGGGUACCAAUUCUCACAAGCCGUCAUCAAACCAAAGACAGUCAACUGGACAAACAUCAAAAACAAACAAAAUGACAAGGCAAUGAAAGUGCCCACUGCCAAACCAAUCACAUUUGCGAAUAACAACUUUAAUGUUAUUGGCCUUAACGAAACCAAGGAUUUUGUGAAACUGAUUGAGGCCGUUCGAAAGAUCUGUGACAAGUACUCAGACGACGGAUUACCCAACUACCCUAGUGGUGUGCCCUUCACGUUUUGGGAGCAGUACAUCUGGCUGAGAAGGCAAAUGUUGAUCGCGAUUUCUAUUUCAUUGGCGGUGAGCUUCGUUGUCAUGGUGAUCAUUCUGUUCAACAUCCGGGCAGCUGCUGUUAUUGUUCUUGUCCCGACAAUGAUCAUAGUGGAAGUGUAUGGCUUUAUGGGUCUCGCUGGUAUAAAAGUCAGUGCUUUUCCUGCAGUUAGAGUUAUUUUGUUCGUUGGAGUCGGUAUGGAAUUCACUGUACACAUGUCUAUGGCAUUUUUCCACGCCCUUGGCGACAGAAACCGAAGAAUGCAAAAGGCAAUAGAACACGCUUUUGCUCCGACUGUGAAUGGUGCUAUUUCUUCUUUACUAAGUGUUGUGGUACUAGCAGGAUCCCAAUUCUAUUUUGUAUUCAGAUACUUUUUUAUCCUCCAUGUGGCCUUGGUACUGAUCAGCACAUUGAAUGGCGUGGUGUUUUUACCUGUUGUUUUGUCCUUAGCCGGUCCAGGGCCAGUGGUAACAGAAAUCCCUACGCCGGCCAUCACCCCAAAUCCGCUCGCCAUUCAGAACCCCUCUGCGGUUAGGUAUGUUUAUAAUGAAGCGGAACUGAACACUGUUAAAGAGGUAAACAAUAAGUCAAAUGAUCAUGGAGCCGAUCUGGAAAGAACCAACGAAAACGGGGCUAAAGUGGAGUUAUCCGAUAAUGAACCGCGGAGCUCAGACAUGACGACGGGCGAGGGGCUACGCCCAUUUGUACUGGCUUGGACGUGAUGAAGGAGGCUUUGUGAAGAUUAAUCGUUCAUAAGUACGAACACCGGAAAGAGGUUGCUGGCCAUGCCUCACUUGACAUGACAGACAUCCUCGUCCCAGUGCCCCUCCUCAGAUCGAACCGAGAGCUCUGAAGAAGACUACGCCCAAAGAUAUAAAGUAUUGGUCAGCUUUUCAUAACAGGGCUAAAUAAAACCUUACUCGUCUAAAUUCAGAAGAUAUUUAGUUCUGUUGAUAUCUAACAAUUUCUUUUUAAAGCAAAGUGCGAUUGUAGUUCUUUCAAGUUUCUUCAAGUACAACAUGGGGAUUUUUUAAUAAGGACGCGAAAUGGAAGUUUCAAGGUACUAUUUUCAAGGUGGCGGCCAUACAUAUUUCAUGAGAAAAACCCUUUUUACACAAAUAACUUACCCAUGAUUGUACUUUGCCUUUUCAUGUUUAUCACUAACUCCCUAUUCUGCAGUCUUCUUUUUCUUUCGCGUUGUAAUUUAAAAGAUAUUCUAAAUUCGUCGUAUUUAUAUCACAUCGAUUAGCGGUUAAGUUUUAUGAUGGAUGCAGGACAUCCAUGGCAUGUUUAUCAUGUGUGUAUAUUUAUCUAAAGAUGAUUACUUUCGUAUUUUGAAACGUUAUCGUGUAUGAUUUACAAAAAUAUAAUCUAGAGUGUAAAUAUACAAGAGAAAGAAGUUUAUCUAACCGCCAGUUCAUUGAUAUAUAUUGAGAAUAAUAGCCCUUGUGUAUGUUGACAUCAAACAAGCUAAUUUCUCCACUAAGCUUUGCGUUUGAAAAUUCAAAUUGUAAAUUUUAUCGUGAACCAAUAGGCCAUUUUCGAGUUUCCUUGUGCCUCUGUUUCAAAACGAGUCUUCGUUCAAAACCUUUCUUAUGAAAAUGAGGUUGAUUUGCAUGAAAAUAAAGCUGUGCGUUGAACAAAUUUGAUAUAAAUGGUUUCGCACGAACUGAGACUUGUUUUGACAGAGGCAAAACUGAGACAUCUCGGAAAUAGCCUAUUCCCAAAGCAGCAAAGAUGAAAAAGAUAACGCUCGUAAAAACAACACGAAGGAGCCAGAGGUUUUAGAAAAUUUCGCUCAAACAAGGCUUGGUGGUGAAUUUUGAGCUUGUGAUGUUAUCACGCAUAAGACCUACUCGGAUGACAAAGAAUUCAUUAUUUCGUUUAUGAAAUGUUCCAUUAGAAUGUUAAUAUUUUCAAGGGAGAUAGCAAUCAUCUAUCGUUUUGCCUUAUGUAGAUGUAGAUAAUAUUUCAUCAGUUUAGGAUGUAGUCAGUUUUGUCAAGAAAGAAAAUAGUAUUGGUUUGUAAAAACGCUGAAGGCAAACACUUAAUUUAAGUUGUGUUUUAUCAUUAGACUACAAGUCACUUUCUUUUCUUUUCACGUGUAGGCAGAAAUUUAUCGUUUUCCUUGCCUUUCCAUUUUUCUCUUACUUUCUGCUCUCGGAAAAGUGAUAAACUAUUUGUGGUCUAUGUUGUUACAAGAUGUGGCUUCCAAAGCCUACAUUUAAGAUUUGUUAAUGUAACAGAGAAAAUAAAGGACAAAUUUUACGAAAGAA